AUGGCCUUGAGAUACGCCUCGAAGGUGAACGUUGCUGAACAGCGUCGCCACCAGCGCCUGAAUCUGAUGUCGCAGGCGCCCACACGCGAAACGAUAUCGUCUCUCGAGUUCCUCAAAUGUCUUCGAAGGUUCCGUGCGGACGCGCGGUCGCUACACAGCCCAUAUGAAUCGGCCCCGCUUGAGUGGGCCAGUGUCGCGCAGGCGCCAUCACGAUCGGGAGAAGAACUGCUGCACGGUGGCGCGACUGCAGCUUCUCGUCUGCUGCAGGUGACUGCACAAGGAUUUUCGCCGCUGAACAUCUUCCGUUUCUCGCCCGGGUUUGGUAUCGACGGAUGCCUGGUCGCUGGCGGCACGGUAACGUGUGACGAAUGGGCGCCAUUCGAGCAGUGUGAUCAACCUUGGUUUCGAGAGUACUGGGAUCUCGUGACGAACUGCAGCGACACGAGUGGCACUUGCGCGAACUACAGCAUGCUGGGUGAGCAGGCACCUGGCUGGCUGCCACCCAUGCCCGUCUACUACGGCCUGUACACGGCCACCUACGCCUUCGCUCACGCUUUGGACGCGCUCGUGCGCGAGCAGUGCUUUAACCUGUCAUCAGCAAGCGACCUGGCGUCCUGCGUACGCGGCCCGCUGCUGCUAAAGUACGUACGCAACGUCACCUUCGAGGCGUAUCCAGGCCAUUACAUCCGCUUCGACAGCAACGGCGAUAUCAUUCCAAGGUACCAGGUCUACACGUUUCGGCGUGGCGCCACCGGUCGCUUCGAGCACGUGCCCGUCGGCGUGUGGGAGGACAACACGCUGUCGCUAAACGAAUCGCUAAUACCGUGGGCUCGUGUCGGCUCGGUGCCGGAGUCCGUGUGUAGCAAGCCGUGCCCGCCUCGUCACUACGUCAUACAGCUAGACCCGUCAUGCUGCUGGAAGUGUCAUCCAUGCGGCGAGAACGAGUACCUUCUCGCGAACAGGACCAACUGCGUCGCCUGUCCGCCGCUGCACUGGCCGGAGUCGGGAAACGGUAGCGCCAUCUGCCGCCGGAUACCGCCGCGUUACCCGAGCUGGUCGGACAAGGCCGUCGUCGUCGUGAUGGUGAUCGUGCUGCUCGGCGAGACGCUCACGCUCGUUGUCAUGGCGACGUUCGUGCGGCACCGACGCGCCAAGUUGAUCAAGGCGUGCAGCCGAGAGCUGAGCUUCAUCGCUGGCAUCGGCGUCGUCCUCAGCUUCGGCGUUGCCAUGGUGAUGCUAGCUAAGCCGACGACCACCGUCUGUCUGGCGAAGCAGGUUGCCUUCCCGCUGUGCUUCACCACCAUCUACGCGCCCAUGCUGGUGCGCGCCAACCGCAUCCACAGAAUCUUCACGAAAGCGAAGCACUCAGCUGCCUCGCCGCCCUGCGUCAGCCCUCUAUCACAGGUCAUCAUCACUAUCGGCGUCAUCGCCGUGCAGGUAAUCAGUGACUGA